ACAAAUUUUCUUCAUUCCACCACUCUCCUCAAAGACUUUCGUGAAGGCGUGCGCAGAGUGGAUUGUUGUUUUGCGGUGCAUAUUUUUUUUUGUUUCUCUGCCACUGCCAAUUUCACAAAUUCAUCCAUCCAUACCCACGAUGGGCGAAGACCAUGAUAUUGUGAUUGUAGGAGGGGGAGUUGCAGGGUUAGCCAUUGCACUUGCCCUCCAUAAGGUGGGAUUGAAGAGCCUGGUACUUGAGCGCGCCGAUUGCCUUCGAACUGCAGGCGCUGCCUUCAAUAUGUGGCCUAAUGCCUGGAAAGCACUUGAUGCUUUGGGCGUAGCAGAUGCCCUUCGCCCAUUUUACUCUCAAAUUGACGGGAUUCGGGGCUUUUCAAUUUGCAGUGGAGUUUGCAAGAAUGUCAGUCUGAAAAGAGGAGGGAAAGGGGACUCAAAUGUGAAACUGGAAUCUCGGUGCAUAGAAAGAAUGGCACUUUUGGAAGCACUGGCCAGGGAAUUGCCUGAAGGGAGCGUCAGAUUCAACUCCAAAAUCGUGUCGUUGCACAGAGAGAGCCUCUCUCCAUUCACCAUGCUAGAGCUUGCAGACGGAACAUCCCUCAAAGCGAAGAUCGUGAUAGGAUGUGAUGGAGUGUACUCAGUGGUUGCAAGAUGGAUGGGCCUCCCACCAGCCAAAUCUGUGGGACGCACUUCCAUUAGGGGCAUGGUCACAUAUACAGAAGGCCAUAAUUUCGAAAAGCUGAACGUACAGGUCUGGGGCAAAGGAUUGAGGACAGGGUUUGUCACUUGCACAGACAAAAAAGUCUACUGGUUUCUAACCAGGAGAUCACAGCCACAAGAUGCAGAGAUCUGUGGGAAUGCUGAGAUUGUUCGAAACGCAGCUCUGGAGAUGGUUAAGGAUUUUCCUGACCCCAUUGCAGAGAUAAUAAAGUCUAGUCCAGCAGAGACCAUUAAUAUGGCAGAUCUGAAGGUGAGGUGGGUGUGGCCAUGGGAGUGGGGAAGAGGGAUGGAAAAGGGAAAGGGAAGCGUAACCAUUGUUGGAGAUGCAUUGCACCCAAUGACGCCUGAUCUUGGUCAGGGCGCCUGUAUGGCUCUAGAGGACGCUGUCCAUCUGAGCAGAUGCUUAGAGCAAGCCAUCAAAUCUAUAAACAUAGCAGAGUGGGGAGAAGUCCAGGUGGAAAAGAUAGAGUCCUGUUUCAACAAAUACCUGCAGGAGAGAAGGUGGCGAGUAUCUAGUAUUACAAGUGCUGCAUUUGUGAUAGGAUUUGUGCAGGAAGGAUCCUCAAGAUUCACUCGUUUUGUUCGUGAUUGGAUUUUCUUCCCUUUGUUCUCUAUGAGAUAUAUUCUCUACUUUGCAGAAUCUUGCUAAUAGGACCUUCUGCCCAUCUCCAUCCCCAGCUAUGCCACAAGUUUGAGCUCUUUCAUAAAAUUAGAGUUUUUCCUCCCACCACAGCCAGCCAUUUUUUAUUUUGCUCAAAAACAGUAAAAGGCGAACUCCGUAUUUCAUUCCAUGAAUUGGGCGAGAUGCAGCCAGCUGCCAUUAAUUUAUUACAAAUUUGAAGAGACUGCGGAUGGCAUAGUUGGAUUUUUUGUUUGUUGGCAGUUGGGUGUACAGUUUCUUAUGAUUUAGCAUUUUACAAGUUCAAAAGAGCUAAACAGUCUUGGUGUAAAAUGGUGAAUUUUGCACAUUCAUAACAAUUUCCAUGUCGUUUUUGUCCCCAAUGUAUGGUAGGCAUUAUCGUGCUCGCUGCAGAAAUUUUUAACAAAUGAAUUUCACAUCUUUUGAAACAAA